UUUUUUUAGGGCAUACUCAUAGUCAUAGGCUAAGGAACUCUUCCUAAAAUUCCUUUCUGUGUCCGGUGAAUUACUGUGAUUUAUCGUGUCCUCACUUGUGAUAAAUUUAGAGAGCCUUUUAUAAAUUAUUAUUUAAUUUUUCUUUUUGAUUUAGAUUAGAUCUAUUUGUAGCCUGGUUACCUGCUAAAUCACUUGCAGACAUGGUCCGAACCUUAAACUUAACUGGUCAUGUUGGUUUUGACAGCCUUCCUGAUCAACUGGUCAAUAAGUCCGUAUCACAAGGAUUUUGUUUUAACAUUCUUUGUGUUGGUGAGACUGGAAUUGGUAAGUCCACCAUGAUGGACACUCUUUUUAAUACCAACUUUGACUCAACACCAAGCAACCAUGAUCUCCCAGGAGUCAAACUUAAAGCCCAUACUUAUGAAUUACGGGAAAAGAAUGUGCUUUUAAAGCUGACCUUGGUGGAUUCUGUAGGGUUUGGGGAUCAGAUUAACAAAGAAGAUAGCUGGAAGCCAAUAGUAGACUACAUUGAUGCUCAGUUUGAUGCAUACCUUCACGAAGAGCUUAAGAUCAAACGAAUGCUGCAUACAUAUCAUGACACCAGAGUUCAUGCCUGUCUUUACUUCAUUGCCCCAACUGGACAUUCGCUGAAGGCUCUGGAUCUAGUGACUAUGCAAAAAAUGGACAGCAAAGUGAACAUCAUUCCAGUCAUAGCUAAAGCAGACACAAUCACAAAAACAGAACUCACCAAAUUUAAAGCCAAGCUGAUGGCAGAGCUGGUCGCCAACAACGUUCAGAUUUACCAGUUUCCUACUGAUGACGAGACUGUUGCUGAGACAAACACUGUGAUGAAUCAACAUCUACCGUUCGCUGUUGUUGGAAGUAAUGAUGAAGUCAAGAUAGGCAAUAAAAUGGUUAAAGCCAGGCAGUAUCCCUGGGGAACAGUACAAGUGGAGAAUGAGAACCAUUGCGACUUUGUCAAACUAAGAGAAAUGUUGAUCAGGACAAACAUGGAAGAUCUAAGGGAGAUGACUCACUCAAAACACUUUGAGCUGUACAGACGACACAAGCUUGAAGAAAUGGGCUUCUCUGACUCAGAAUCUCGAAGCUUGUCAGAAACCUAUGAACAAAAACGCCAAGAACACAUCACUAUGCUGCAGAAGAAAGAAGAUGAAAUGAGACAAAUGUUUGUCAUCCGAGUCAAAGAAAAAGAAGCUGAACUCAAGGAGGCAGAGAAAGAACUCCACAACAGAUUUGAUGCCCUCAAGAGGCAGCACACUGAAGAGAAACGUAAGCUAGAGGAGAGCAAAAAGAAACUGGAUGAUGAGAUGAAUCUCUUUGCUCAGCAGAAGGCACAAGUCCAGGCUCACACUUCCACCAUGACCAAGAAGAAGAAGUAGUUUAGCCUCAAUCUUCAUCCACUUUCAAAGGCUGCUCUUAAUUACCAAUAGCUAAAAGUCUUUUUUUUUUUUUUUUUUUUUUUUUUUUUUUUUUACACUUUUUAACAGAAUUGCCAAAUGUGUUUGAUUUUUUUUUUUAGACUAAAGACACAAAAAUGAAUUUAAAAAAAAAAUAUUUUUUUAUUUAUUUUUUUAUUGCUAAAAAGUAGAACAUAUUAAUAUUUUAAUGAUUUGUAAUAAGAGGGACCAUACAUCUGCUCCAACCAAUUCAAUCUUGAUAUUUAUGUUGAUUAGUCUGCUUGCAAGACCUACAAGAUCACUUAGUUUGCCCUGGUUUUAGUUAUUAUUGAGAUUCCGGCAAAAGAUGUUUUCAAUAUCCAAUGGAGAUUGACAGCUGUUUGAUUGUAAUGUUAUAUUUGUAUAAUACUUCACUAUUUUCUUACUUUGGAGUAUUACAUCAAAAAUGUGUUCAUUUUAACUGCCAUGUUCUCUACACAUUUGACAUCAAUUUGAGAAGAUAUACGACCAAGUCUAGUAAAAGCAGUCAUUUGGUAAACUAAGUACUAGUAGUCUAGUUCACAUUUUAAAAAAAAGUAUUUACUCAAUAAAAUUUUUAAAAAAUUACUUUUGAUCAUUCAGGACCAAAAAAAAAAGUUUCCUGAAGACAGCACAGUUGCUUAAAUUAGGAAUAAAAUGAGUAGUAUUUAGUACAACUUUAAAAUAUGUUUAAGAAAAAUAACGAUUUAUGUUUACCAAUUACUGAUUUUGUUAGACAUGUUCUUGAAUUGAUCAGUGUACACUAAAAUGUCCAUUAACCUUUUUAUGUAAAAUAAAUUCACACCUUUAGCUUUUUUCUAACAAUAAUUUUCUGUUCCAUCAAAAUUUGCAUGCUUUCUAUUGUUUAGUUCUGUGUCAGCAUUAAAUAAAAACAUGUAACAAUGAACUUGCAUUUGCUCUCAAUAUCUCAAUUCUUUUUGUUUCAUUUUGUAUUACCCAUGACUUAACAUGCUGGUUUGUUUGUUUUUUUACUCUAGGGACAUUUUCUCGCCCACCAGAAGCGUAAAAUAAUAUUGCACUAGUGCUUUGUAAGCCUAGAUUGAAGGAACUGGUGGUCCACAAAUUAUAAAUUCUAAUCUCUGAUGUUCAUGCCUUGUAGAAUAAAAUCAGAAUCCCAGACUUUCAGAAUGGCUAAAGAAAAUAGUGUUCAUGUAAAACUGAGACUAUGGAGACCAGUUGUCUGCCCAUCAUUGACCUGAAAGUAGUUGCGCCACUCAGUUCAAAAUGUUUGAAGAUAAAAUAACUGGGGAUAUUACAACUACAUUAUUGGAGUUCAUUCCCAAACUUUCAAUAACAUUUUUGUUUCUUAAUUUAGAAAUGCUGCUACGAAUUUACUGUGCAAUAAAAAAAUAAGAUUUUUUGAAAGUAUAUUUAUUUCUUUUCUUGCAGUUGGUCUUCCCACAUUUUUAGUUUUUUUGUUUUUUUUUUCAUAAUUGUCUGCCAAAUUUAGAAAAAUAUUGAAAUCUCUCUGACAGAACAAUGUUUGAAAUUAAUAGGACAACAUUUUUUUUGUCCUCCUAUUUGUGUUUUGAUGAAGUGAAUUUAAAACAUUCUUGUCAUUCAAAAUUAAUUUCUCCACAAAAUAAAUUUAUACUAAAAAAACAAAAACAAAACCAAAUUCACUUUUAAUUUAGCUCUAUCAACUAUUUUGUGGCAUUAUUCUGUGUUUAUUGUAAAGCUUUUGUUUUGUUUUAUUUUUGUCCAGAAGGAUGCACAAAUCAACACAUUACAUUGACUGUAUCUGCAUGAUUCCUAAAUAAAACAUUUUGUACUCAA